AUGAACUACCAUUUGGUAGUUCAAAAUCGAAAUUAUCUGAAGGUGUUUGGUCAUUGGCCUUGGAGUAAAAUAUUAAUUAUUGGUUUAAUCGCAUUAUGCAUUAUUGGAAUUAUACUUGCACUUAUAUUCUGUAUUCUUGGAAAGAAAUUUAGAAAGAAUCAACGUUCAGCAACAACCGCAAAAACUGGUUCUGCAGGCACAGGAAAACAUGGAGUAACUCCAGGAACAGCACAGGGAACGAAAUAUGAAUCAGUGGCGGCUGGUGUUUAA